AUGAUUAACUUUACGCAGGUUUCAUAUUUCACACUUGCUGCCUAUUUUGACACCGGAGCUUUGAAGUACUUGUAUUUUAUUAUUGUUUUGUCUUUAUAUAUUUUCAUUGUUAGUGCCAACCUCCUGCUGAUUGUGGUUAUCUGUGUGAACAGAAGCUUACAUGAACCUAUGUACAUGUUUCUGUGCAGCCUGUUUGUAAAUGAACUGUAUGGUAGUACAGGGUUGUUUCCAUUGCUGCUGCUUCAGAUCCUCUCUGACAUUCACACUGUCUCUACUUCCUGUUGUUUCCUGCAGAUUUUCUGUUUGUACACAUAUGGGGCUGUUGAAUAUUUAAACUUAGCCAUAAUGUCUUAUGACAGAUACCUUGCUAUCUGUUAUCCUCUGCAGUAUAACACACGCAUGACUCAUAACAAGAUCGCCACUCUUAUAGCUUUAACAUGGUUUUAUCCUUUGCUUGCAUGUGUUGUCUAUACAUAUUUGAAUUCUGAUUCCCAGCUGUGUGGGAACAUCAUCUACAAAGUUUACUGUGAUAGCCACUCUGUUGUCAAGCUGGCAUGCUCAGAUACUGUUGUAGUUAAUGCUUAUGGGCUCCUUGCAUGUUUUGGCACAAUCUUUGGGGCUUUAAUUUUCAUACUUUACACGUACGUGAAGAUUCUUUUAGUUUGUUUCUCUGGUUCUAAACAGACCAGACAGAAAGCUGUCAGUACCUGCACACCUCACCUCAUUUCCCUCUUUAACUUUUCUGUUGGAACUUGCUUUGAAUUAAUACAGAGCAGGUUUAAUAUGAGCAGUGUGCCCAACAUGAUGCGAAUAUUUUUAUCCUUAUACUUCCUUACGUGCCCGCCACUGUUCAACCCUGUACUGUAUGGCUUGAACAUGUCCAAGAUCCGUGAAAUAGGUAAAAGUCUGUUGUCAAAUAUGGGAUAUUAA